AUGCCUCUCACCCACGAGCCGUCCAAGUCACCCCUGCGACGCUACCAUCACUAUAUCUAUAUCAUUGCCUGGGCGCUGGUGUCGUCGCUGGUUCUCUAUCUGGCCGGAGGGCUGUCGUACCUGGAUGCCUUGCUUCUCGCCUCCGGUGCAGCCACCCAGACGGGGCUGAACUCUAUCGACCUCAACCGACUGCAUGUGGUCCAGCAGGUCACCCUCUGGGGGGUGUCGAUGGUGACCAAUGUGAUCUUCAUCAACUCGCUGCUCGUCGUGAUUCGGCUCUACUGGUUCCGCAAGCGGUUCCGCGGCGUUAUCCAUGAGGCCAAAGUGCUGUGCCGCACGCAGCGGAACAAAUGGAAUCAAGGCCUGCUGCUGGAAGGAGGGAUUGAGAACCGGCCUCCCCCUCCUCCUGUUCCUCGAAGGAUUUCGGCUGAGAGACCCGCCGAGGAGCAACCUCUGUUAGAGGUGGGCGAUGGCGAGGACCGAACCUCCGAGUUGAUCGGUUACUCCUCCGGCCGGAGGUAUGGCGCUGCGGCGGCGGGAUCAACGAGUCCGCACAUCACCUUCUGUGACUCGGAGGCCGAGUAUGAGAUCAAACACCACCAUCGCCGGUCGAUGUCCGGGACGCGCUCGCGGCGCUCGCUGUCGGAGUAUGAUUCGCCCGUGCUCCAACGGUCGUGCCACGAUCUCGACGCCCUGCCGGCGCUGCUGUGGCAGUCGUCGAUCGCCAGCUACGCGGACUGGGACGAGGCGCAGAAGGAGGAGCUGGGCGGGAUCGAGUACCGGGCGCUGAAGACGCUGUUCGUCAUCCUCGUGUGCUACUUCGUGGUGUUCCACGUGCUGGGGAUCGUGCUGUUCCUGCUGUGGGUGCUGCCGAACCGCCAGUACAGCCAGGUGCUCGCGGACGUGGGCAUCAGCCGGCCGUGGUGGGCGAUCUUCACGGCCGGGUCGGCCUUCAACGACCUGGGGUUCACCCUGACGCCGGACUCGAUGGAUGCGUUCCAGACCGCGGCGUUCCCCCUCCUCGUGAUGACCUUCCUCGUGGUCGUCGGCAACACGGGCUUCCCGUGCAUGCUCCGCUUCAUCAUCUGGACGCUCUCGCAGUUCACCACGUACGGGUCCCCGCUGGACGACGAGCUGGAGUACCUGCUGGAGCACCCGCGUCGGUGCUUCACGCUGCUGUUCCCCAGCGCGGAGACGUGGCGACUGUCGGCCGUUCUCCUGCUGCUCAACGCGAUCGACCUGCUCAUCUUCUACACCCUCCAAGAGACCCCGCAAAACCCCACCAUCACCCCCGGCCUGCGGCUAGUCAACGGCCUCUUCCAAAUCGCCUCGACCCGCACCGCCGGCUUUAGCAUCACCCCGCUGACGACCCUGCACCCGGCCACGCAAGUCUCCUUCCUGGUGAUGAUGUACAUCUCCGCCUUCCCGAACGCGAUCGCCAUCCGCAAGACCAACGUCUACGAAGAACGCAGCCUCGGUAUUUUUUACAACGACGACACCAUCUCAUCCGCCUCGGACGCACAGCCCGCCCACCCCUCGGCGGACUCGCUGGCCGCCCACAUCCAGCGCCAGCUGGGCUUCGACCUCUGGUACGUGAUGCUGGGCUUCUUCCUGAUCGCCGUGGCCGAGGGCCCCCGGCUGCAGGCGCGCGAGGCGGACGACCGCGACGCGUUCGCGCUGUUUCCCAUCCUGUUCGAGAUCGUCUCCGCCUACGGCACCGUGGGCCUGUCGCUGGGCUACCCGGGCGCGGAGACGAGCCUGUGCGGCCAGUUCUCGGGCCCCGCGAAGGCGAUCAUCAUCGCCAUGCAGGUGCGCGGGCGGCAUCGGGGGUUGCCGCAUGCCUUGGACCAUGCGAUUCUGUUGCCGUGUGAGCCGUGGUGGUGGUGGAUGCGCUGGAUGCGGAAGAAGGGGGAGGAUUGGGGGAGUUUGUUUGGUGGGGGGGAUUGAGCUUGAUUCUUAUUGGGAUUUAGGGGUUGGUCUGUGGUUGGUUGGGUUGGCUUUGUAGUGUGGAUAUGAACUUUAUGUGAACAUGAACAUGAACAUGAAUGUGAAUAGUGGACUGCAAUUUAUGCGGAGUGGAGAUGGUGGUGUGUGUGUGUGUGUGUGUGUGUGUGUGUGUGUGUGUACUGUACAUUGGGGGAUUGUAAAGUAAAUGAGAGCAGAAAAGAAAAGGCACUCCGUAAAGAUGCACAGCAGUAGCAAGGUACAGCACAGUCACAUGCU